AUAUUAUGCAUGAUAUUUCCCUCGCACUUUUGCACCGAUCGAUGCGAUCGAUUGCUCCUUUCGGCGGUCCCGUGCGACGUCAUGACGCCGCGUCGCGUUGCGUCGACGUCGACGUUUACGCGCCCGCAUAGUAAAAUCUACUUGCUGUCUCGCAACCCAACGCACACCCAACCCGAGGGAAAUCGGGGAGUGGAACAACAAGAGUAAAACGGCGUGUCCCUCCGCGCCAAAGGCGGAAGGAGGUCGCGCAAGCGCCUCGGCCGUGCCGCUCGCCGGCGAGGAGCCUUCAGGGUGAAAAUGCACCAUGGCAUGGGAGGAUCAGCGGGCGAUCGUCACGGCGCUCAAAACUCAGCGAUGCAGGCCAGGAACGGGGUCUGCGACAAAAUCGAAAAUUACAUAUCCGAUUUGGCUCGAUGGGCAGUAUGGAGGGCGAUAAUAAUGGGCCAGUUCCUUUCAUUGGUGCUGUGCUUCAUGACACUCGUAAAUCAUCACAUGAAUACCGCCUUCAAACUUUCGCUUCCAACGGGUCAAAAUCUUCCGCACUACAUGAUGAUGUGCUUAGUCUACACGACGUGGAUGUCCUGCAGAGGUGUGGGAAAUGGCCUAAUUUCCGUCAUAAAGGCCCGUGGCUGGAGAUACUUGCUUUUAGCUCUGAUCGACGUUGAAGCAUGCACUCUCAUCACGUCGUCGCAUCAAUUUACCAGCCUCGCCAGUAUACAGCUCCUCGAUUGUGUAGCAAUACCAGUCGCUUUGGUACUCUCGUUUCUGGUGCUAGGCGUUAGAUACCGAAUGGUGCACAUCGUCGGUGUAUCUGUCUGCUUGAUGGGUGUGGGAUGUUUGGUUUGGGCUGGAAUAGAUGACAAUAACGAUCCUACGGCUACAGGAAAGAAUCAACUCGUCGGCGAUAUGCUCUGUCUUGGUGGCGCAGUAUUAUUCUCGGUCACGACGGUCCUGCAGGAGUUGGCGGUUAAAACGGUCGAUAUUAUUGAAUAUCUGGGUAUGAUCGGAUUUUUUGGUACGAUAUUGAGCUGUAUGCAGAUCGCGGUCCUCGAGAGGCUCCAAAUAGAAUCGUUCCAUUGGGAUAACGUGCCAGUAAUAACGAUCCUGAUUCUUUACUGCAUCACGCAAUUUAUGUUUUUCUCUCUGGUGCCGGUAAUAUUGUUCGAAUCAGGUGCUACCGCCUUGCAGUUGGCGUUACUCACCUCAGAUUCAUUCAACAUUUUAAUGGGAAUGCUUAAUCAUCAUUACAAAUUUCACUUGUUGUAUUUCUUCUCGUACACCCUCACGAUGGCCGGCAUAUACAUUUACGCGAUAAAGAGAACGCCCAUGUCGACGAACUCACGAAGACAACACAUUGAGCCGCCUAUUCCAGAUUACAGACACAUGUCUCAUCCCGACGUGGGCGAAGUGGAGAUGGCCACAAGCUCCGGCAUGUCCGGUGUGAGCGGCACUCUUGACAUAAGGGCGUCCACCCUCGGCAGCGAGAGGGAGACGAUGGACGCGACGAGUCUACCUUUGAGUGUCAGCUCUGACACGGCCUUCACCUCCUUCUACGGAAGUCAGGCGAAUUUAAAGUUGGGGACGAGCUUGCGGUCGGGGCUGCCGAGUUCAGGAGAUCUUACGGGUGUUUCACGAGGCAGAUGUACUCCGCGCAACUGAUUGAUUCCCUCGGGAUCUACUUCAGUGUAUCUGUCACCGACGCACAUUUCAUCGAGUCGUAAUGAAAUCUUACGGUUGCAAGAACGAAUCGCGUAGGUCGUAUUUCCUGAAGAAGUAGCAGUUCGUAGUAGUUGGUGUAUAGUCGAGAGCGAAACGGUUUAGACAACUUUUUUCUUGUAAAGUCAAUAAUUCAUCUAGUUGUUAUAUUUGAAAAUCACUGCUUACGGACUUGCGCGGUAAUCGGCUAUAACAAACAGUGAUUCUUGAAUGUGACAACAUUCUGGGUUAUUAACUUCUUUAGAGGAAAAGUGUUCAAACGGUUUCGCUCUUAACAAUACACUACAGUGUCUUUAAUGUACAAGUCGUACAUCAUAUGUGGAAAUCGCGUAACUAGUUCAUACGAAGGCAAUAAAAUAAAAAGAUCGAAAGACAAAUACGAAAUUACAAUCGAAAGAUACAAGCUUUAGAUAUUCGUGGUAAUAUAUUUGAUUCGCUGCAAUCGUACACGGAGCGACGAAUAGAUUGUUGAUUGCGGAUCUGUGCAAAUUUAAAAAUUCGAUUUUGCGCGGUAAUUUAUCUGCCUCCCAUAACAUGGUUCUCGUAAUCUUUUUAUUAGCACUUUGUGGUGUAAAUGAAAUCUGUGACGGUUUCAGGCUGCGAACGGGAACAGCGGUUCUGCCUGUAAUUAAUAAGCGGAGGGAAACGACUGCCUAGAAUAGAAUAUCGUGCGAUUCGUUCGUUCAAAAUGCGACACCUCACGAAACAGAGAGGCCCCUUAGAGAGCACGGAGGAACGUUUAUAUAUCGACACGAUGAUUACGAACGCUAGUACACAAUCUCUUUUUAGAUAGCCGUAUAAAAUUAUUAUUAUUAUACCGUAUCGAUUGUAUUUAACGAUAAAACCAUAGCUGCGCCGUCUUUGAGUACCAUUAUUUCAACAGAGAGAGCGAUUAAAUAUUAUUUAAUAGAGAAAUUA